CGAUCAACUUCCGGUCACCAUCUUGAGGUGCUACAAAACCAUGCCUGACUGCCUGUUGCUGAUGUAUGUAGUCGCGUGGCGUGUUUCUAAACUUCUUGAGCUUUGUUGAAGUGCAUUUUAAGCGUUUAAACGGUGACAAGUAGCAAGGCUUCACGUGCCGUCCUUGAUUUCGACUGAUUGCUACAACACGCGCAACACUUCUAAACUUCAGCCCGAGUUUGGAUCGCCCUGGCGCGAAAAGAUAUGAUGAUGAUGAGCGUUUAAACUCUUCUAUUGUGGGCAAAAUGGAAAUCAACAAACAAUCAUCUGUCGCUGACAUUAUUCUUUUUUAGAAAAACAACAAAAUGAAUCAAAUUGUCGAAGAUUUUGAAGCUAAUCAAGUCGACGGCGAGGAUUUUUUCAAUUUAGAACCACAUGAUAUUUAUCAGAUGAUUCCUCGAAUAAAACUUCGCAAGAAGCUUACGUGUAUUUGGAAUGUCGUUACUCAAAAGGGGUCAUCAGCUUUAACAACACAUUCUUGUGUCACUUCCAACAACAUCAGAACCAUCAACAAGGAUGUGAAUCCAGACAUUCCGAGUAAUUCAGCUGAUCAUGAAGAAAAUUAUGAUGAGAUAAAGAAGAAUCUGCCGGAGAAGACACAAGAAGGGGCACUAAAUAAUAUUUUUUUUGAUGUUGAUUGUAAAGAAGUGGCAAAUAUGGAAGAUAUUUUCGAAAACAAAUUUCUUGAUAAAGAUUACAACAUUGGAGAUGAAGUGCACGAUCUACUCGAGAGGUUGCCAUGGAUAUGUGGUGAUUAUGAACCAAUUGGUGAAAACCGGGCUAUACCAUAUUCCCAUAUGCUCAUCACAGUCGAUGGCGAUGUACAAAAGUCAGACGAAGAUUUGAAGAAAGAAAUCGACGAAAUUUUUAAAUGGCGGCAUCAAAAUUUAUCGAAUUUCGACGUAAACUUUACAAAGAACCAAAGAUUCGAUAUUUAUCAAAUUUUCGUGCUGUAAGAAUAGAUGAAUCAUCAAAUUUCAUACAUGUUUUGAAUGAUAUUGAGGAUGAAAACCAAAAUGCCAGAGGUUCUCAUGGUACAUUGACAAUGUUCUAUCGCAAGAAUGAUGAUUUUUUCGCCUUGACAUGCGCCCACGUUGCUCUAGGCGUUGAUGAUCUGUUUGCUUUAAGUAUAGAAGAAAAUUUUUUGGCAAUUCGUGUUGCAGUGGAACACCUAAAUGAACGAAUUGAAUAUUUUUACAAACAGCCAAGUAGUGAAAAGGAAGUUCAAUUUCCUUCUUUUCAAGAUGGCGUGUUUGGUCAAUUUGAUAGCGAAGUGGAUAUUGUUAAAAUUCUUGUCGGUGAUGGGCGUCAUAUCAAGCACUUUGGUGGAGAUCAGUUGGAGAGCUUUGCCUUGAAUUUGAAUGAGGCUAAUAGAGAGCUUCGUGAAAGAAUCGAUAAGAAGAAGGAAAUUGUGCAUGUAGUUCAAAAUAAUAACAUUAAGGGUUUUAUAAAAAAACGAAGCUGUUCUCAUUACAGUGAAAGCAUCCCGCUUUUCACUGAAAAAGAAUGAAUCUAAUAUCGAUAUUAAACAUAGAUUGUUAUAA